AUCGAUCUGCAACAAGAAAGUCUGUCAUGAUCAUGAUCUAAGAGACUUCGCUCACCUUGUGGAAGAAUUAACGUUGCAAGUGUUUUAGUUGUGAUCUCGCAGAAGAAAUAAUCAACUUUUCAUUUUUCAAUACCAUCGAUUGUACAAAAAAGAAACGAUGGGGGAGGCUGUUCUUGGUGCAUUCCUCCCAGUGCUGCUUGAGAAGUUGGCGGAUCAAGAGAUCACUGAGUACUUCGGACGCCUUAAGGGGGUCGACAAAAAGGUGCUGGAGAAAUGGACUAGAACGUUGACGGCCAUUAAAGCGGUGCUGAUUGAUGCUGAGGAGAAGCAACAAACAGAAAGUGCAGUAAAAGUGUGGCUGGAUGAUCUCAGAGAUUUGGCUUACGAUGUUCAAGAUGUAUUGGACAUAUUUGAUACUAAAAUGCUGAAGCGGAGGAUAGAAAGACAACAAGGAAGCAAAAGCAAGUUAUGGAGCUCACCUUUUAAAGCCAAGUCUAAUUUCACUCUAAACUCGGCAAUUAAGAAAAUAAGUGAUCGACUUGUGGAGAUAACUACUCAAAAGAUGCAGUUGGGUUUGAAGGACCAACUUGGAGUGUCUAAAAAGCCAUGGAAAAUGCCACCCACUACUUCUCAACCUGAUGGACCUGUGAUCGGAAGGGGUGAAGCAAAGAAUAAGAUCCUCUCUGAUUUGCUUUCAAAACAAGAGAAGUAUCAUGUGGUUGGUAUUGUCGGUACUGGAGGACUAGGAAAGACAACACUUGCUAAAGAUGUAUUCAACGAUGCUGCAACUGGCCAGUUUUCCCCAAAAGGAUGGGUAUCUGUGUCAGACGACUUUGACAUUGUAAGGGUGACAGCAGCCGUUUUGGAAUCAGUCACGUCAGCUCCAGUUCAGGAAUUCAAGGAGCUUAACUCAAUUGUAGAGAAGUUAAGUAAGGAAUUGGCUGGCAAGAAGUUUUUAAUUGUUCUUGAUGAUGUCUGGGACACUUGUAGCGAUGGUCAAUGGAAUACACUGCAGGCCUCCUUUCAUGUUGGAGCAGCUGGAAGUAAGAUCAUCGUGACAACACGUGACGCCAAUGUCGCAAAGAUGAUGGGAGAUAGCGGCCCUUAUAACCUGAAGCCGAUGUCAGAAGAUGAUUGCUGGAGACUCUUUCAGUACCAUGCACUCUUAAAUAACAGACCCGAAGAUGUUGAGUUGCUUAAGGAGAAAAUUGUAGAAAAAUGUGAUGGGUUACCGUUAGCUGCAAGGACUCUUGGUGGGCUUUUGCGUUGUAAAGAAGUAGACCAAUGGGAAGACAUAUUAGACCACAAGAUGUGGACACUAUCAGAUCAGAACAAGAAGGAUAUCCUUCCAGCAUUAAAACUGAGCUAUCAUUAUCUCCCUUCGACUUUGAAACGGUGUUUCUCCUACUGUGCAAUACUUCCGAAUGAUUAUGAAUUUGAGGAGAUGCAAUUGGUCUUUUAUUGGAUGGCUGAGGGCUUGAUUCAGCAGCAACCAGAAGAAAACAAACAAAUGGAAGAUUUGGGCCGUGACAAUUUUCAAGAAUUGGUGUCCAGGAGUGCCAACUUAAAGAGCAAGGAAAGGCUUGAAGCCCUAUUUCUUGAAUGGUCUUCUUCGAGUGUCUCAACAGAAGAUGCAGCAAUUGUGCUUGACAUGUUACAACCUCAUAGCAAGCUCAAAAAGCUCACCAUCAAAGGUUAUGGUGGAUCGAAAUUUUCAACAUGGAUUGGGAAUCCUUCAUUCACUAAAAUGGUGGGGGUAAAGUUAGAAGGUUGUAAUCAUUGUCAAUUCUUGCCACCAUUCGGACAGUUGCCUUGUCUCAAAAAACUUUAUAUACAAGAAAUGGAUGCAGUGGAGAGUGUUGGUACUGAGUUUUAUGGAGAAGGUAACUUGCCGUUUCAAGCUUUAGAGACCUUGGAGUUUUGGAAUCUGAAAAAUUGGAAGAAGUGGUCUCCUUGCCAACAAAGUGAGGGGGUUGAAGUUUUCUCUUGCCUGAAAAAGCUUUCCAUCAGGGGCUGCCCCAAAUUGGAGGGUGAUUUACCAGAGAAGCUCGAUUCAUUAGCACAGCUUGAGAUAGAUGGAUGUGAGGAAUUGGUGGUUUCAGUAUCCAAAUACAAACAGCUUCAUGGAUCAAACAUUGAAAAGUGCAAGAUGGUGGUCUAUGACACAAGUACAGUUCAAUUUGACUUACUAGAGAGUUUGACAUUUUCAUAUGUAUCAGAAUUGAGAUUCCAAACAGAGGCGUUCAUGAAAAGCUUGAAAAAUGUUAAAGAGUUGAAGAUCACUGGUUGUGAGGAGCUUACAUGUUGCUUUCAAAAUGAGGAUAGAUUACUGCAACACUUGAUUUCUCUUGGUCGUCUGUAUAUCGAAGACAACUCGAUCCUUGUUGAAAAGCUAGGGAUUGAAGCAGAGCAGUUGGUGCAAUUGCAAAUCCUGGAUUGCAAUAUUGAACGUCUGGAAUUAAGAAAGUGUGGAAGGCUUUUGAUGGUGCCUGAAGGAUAUCAUCACCUUAGAUCACUUCAAGAGCUCCGAAUAAGUCAUUGUUCAAGUCUUGUUUCUUUUCCGGAUGUAGGUCUGCCACCUUGUCUCCAAGUCAUAGUGAUUAAGGACUGCGAAUCUCUGUUGCACUUUGCAAAAUACCAGAUUCCUCCCAGCCUAAAAAGAAUAGGGAUUAAGAGAUGUGGGAAUUUGAAGUCAUUAAUAGAGAAAGAGGAGGAGGUGGGUAACGGUUCUUCUUCUUCUUGUCUUGAGCAUUUGAGGAUAAUAGAAUGUCCCUCUUUGAUGUGCUUAUUAUGCAAAGGUCAAUUACCCAGGUCUCUUGAACAGCUUGAUAUACAGGAAUGUGGACAGCUGGAGCUAAUCAGUGAGAGGUUCCUCGAUGACAGCUGCCAACUCGAGUUAAUUUACAUCUUUGACUGCCCAAACCUGAAAUCCUUACCCGAGGGACUGUGCAAUCUUCAGUCAUUAACUAUUCAGAAUUGUCAAAGUCUUGUUUCGUUGCCGAGAAUGAAUGUGUGGCCAAGACAGAUACGGAUCGGAAAUUGCGAUAAAUUGGAGGUGGCACAGUUGGCGAGAGACAUGAUGCACACCAGUAAUCUUGAAAUACUGACAAUUGAUUACUUUGAAGGUUUGACAACUACAACUUCCUUCCCCACCAACCUAACAUCACUGUCAAUCUGGAAGAUCAAGAACUGUAAGGCGCUGAUGGAAUCUCAAGGGUUGCAGAGACUCGCCUCUUUGACAUAUUUGUAUCUGAGCGGUGAAGAUGAUGGAGGUCUGGUGUCAUUUCCACCUGCUGCUGAGAAUUCAAAGGAGACGGAGAUACUGCUCCCCAGAUCUCUUGUUGAUUUGACAAUUGAAGGCUUCCCAAAUCUAAAGAAACUGAGCAAGGGCUUUCAAAUCCUCACCUCUCUUGAAAAUAUUCGGAUCUUCGACUGUCCGAAGCUUACAACCCUUCCAGUGGAGGAAGGCCUGCCUCUUUUACUUGAGGAACUUGAUAUUGACAACUGUCCUCUACUUGAGCAGAGAUACAAUGGACGAUACCGGCACAAGAUAGCACACAUCCCUUGUGUACGAAUUAAUAGGGAAGUCAUAUAAGAGAAAACCAACACUCCUGGAUCGAGUCGUUUCCAGGCAUUUUGUUACAGCCAGGAUAUAUGGUUCUGAGGCUGCCCUGGGAAUAGUUUUAACAGAGGCUAUUCAAGAUGGGACGGUGGAAAGAGAAAACAUUUUUGUUGCCUCUAAAAUGGUUAUGUUGGUUGAUAACUUGAUAUUGUGGACUUCAAUGGUAGCUUUUUGGCUGGUGCGAAUCUGAUAAUAUUAGUGAUUACUGAGGUUGAUGUACUUCCCAAGGGGGACUGAUUUAAUUUGUACUGGUGAUUGAGUUGCGGAGGACUGGAGGCCGCUGUAAAGAAGAAGCUUAAUGUUAUAAGCAUUCAUCUGAUGAGUUCAAAGUCUUCGGUUGGAGUAGCUAGCUAGCUGGAGUUGCAUCAGAGAUUCAAAAGGAAAAGAAGGGGUGUGACGUGUAUGUUAUGGUGAGCUUUUUGUUACAAACUCAGGGACUCACCUCUUUGAAUUGAACAAGAGAUCUGGGGAGAAGCAUGAGUGAACCCAAAGUCUUAGCACAUUGCCCUCUCAGCACAUUGCCUCCCCCACUACCAGGACCACCUGAGAAUGAGAUCACCAUAAUAAUUCUCUGGUUUCUGGAAGUGGAACAACAAGGCAAGGCAAUUCCAAUGAUUGGAAUGGCUAUUCAAUAUUCUGGGGAGGUCUUGUCAGAGUAGAUGUCUUAAAGGUUCUUCUUGAAACACGUUUAACGUUUUAUGGGCCAAAGAGUCUUCAGAUUCAUAUGGUACCAACUGAUGAGGUGGAUGAAUUUUACCAGAAACACAUUGGAGUCUUACUGACACCUCCAACUGGGAAAGAAAGAGAAGAUGAAUGGAGAGGUCUCGACUCUCAGCGUCAAUUGCAAAUAAAAGUUCAAGACGUGCAAAGGCCAGCAUGUGAUGUCGCUAUAUCAGGCUUAGGGUGGAUUAGUAUUGAACCUAUUUGCAGAUUAUUAAAAAGUUCUGAUUCAAAUUCAGAAAAAACUGCAGGGGAACUGCAUUUAGCUGUGCAUUUCCCCAAGCCAGUCGAAAUAUUUGUUAGGUCUCCAAUCCCAGUGGGUAAGUCUGGAGCAGUGUGGUAUCAGUACCGGGAGUUGACCGAAAAGGAAGAGGAAAAAAGACCAAAAUGGCAUUAUUGAUUCUUGUGUAUGUAUGUAAAAAAGAAACUGAGGUGAGUAGAUAUUCAUACAAACAGACUAUAGAAACAAGUACAAUGCCGAGUGUAGCCUGUUGUACUGAACCAGUCUGUCUGAGAAAAAGAAGUUUUGACUCUUCUAUAUCAUAGAAAUUGCUGUGGAGAACACUUGUAAAACACUAGUUUUACAAUAAGAACCAACAACAGAGCUUUCUC